UCAUCUGUGAAGACGGUCAGCCACAGCAACUAAUGGGGAUCGAGGAUAUUUAUCAAAAUGUUGAACACAAAGACAAUAAAAACACAUUUGAACUUCAAACACAGAAUAACAGACAGGCAGAAGGACAAGCUCAAAAAUGCAGAGGAAGCAGAUGUUUGGUGUUGAUCACAGUGAGUCUCGGGCUCAUUUGUGUUCUUCUGCUGGUCUUCAUCAUACUGCAGCACUUCACCAUCACAGCAGAGAGAGACAUGAGAAAGAGUUGGUUUUUCAUGUCUAACAAGAAGAACAGCUGGUCUGACAGCAGACAGUACUGCAGGGAUCGUGGUGCUGAUCUGGUCAUUAUCAACAGUGAAGAGAAGCAGAGGUUCAUGUCUUCGUUCACCACAGAGAGAGUGUGGAUUGGUUUGUCUGACACAGAGCAGGAGGGCAACAUGAAAUGGGUGGAUAAUUCAUCGCUGAAACAAGGGUUUUGGCUCGAGGGUGAGCCAAAUGAUCUUAAUGGAACUGAGGAUUGUAAUGAACUGAAUCCUGCAAAUCCAGUCCUGAACAACUGGAAUGAUCUGCCAUGCUCAUUCACAAUACAAGGGAUUUGUGAGAAAUAGGGUUCAUCUAGUCAAGUCUUGUCAUGCUUUAACCUGUAUUAUCUUAUGGAAUCAUUCUUAUUGUGAUAGGAUAGGAUAUUUAUAAUUUUUGAUCGAGGUGCAUGUCUGUUUUAUCUGCCUGUGUCAGUUUAUUGCAUCAUACUAGCUGCUUUCAUAUGAAAGGGUACUAUGGCACACCAAACCUCUGGUGUGUUGCUCCAUUAUAGCAUGCUAACAUGUCCUUAAUUCAGCUGAUCUGGUCUGAAGUGUUAAGAUUGCAAUUAUUCCUCCUGUUAUGCUGAUAUUAACCCUUUAACUGUCACCGUCCCACCUGUGGGACACUUGGCGCUCUUUUUUUCGUUGUCCUUUUUCGCUAUCAAAUAUUUUAGUAAUCAUCAUAAAUUAUAUAUCAUUUGAAAGCUUAGAAGCCCAAGAAUCAUCCUAUGAAAACCAUUUUGGUCAUUUGGACAUUGUGUUACUAUGGAAAUGGUACUGUAAAAUCUUUUGGCGGUCUCCUCCCCCUUAGCGGCGGUAUCAAGUGUCAUAUUACAAAAUGCAUUACGGUCUUUUAGAAUCCAAACCUUUUAUAAUCUUGACAAGAAACAUGUCAUUGGAAAGGUCUGAGUCUCAGGAUUUCAUAUUCCGUGGUUAUUUCGUGAUAAAAGUAAAACUGACAGAGAAAUUUAGACUUUUGUGACAGAAAAAUGCACAGAGUUUGUAUGGCACCCAGUGGCUGUUUGUGGUAUAACGCCCUAAACAAACUUUCACAGGAACCUCAAUUUUUUUCAUAUCAACUUCAACUUAUUUAGACAUAAGGCUUCAAUUUGAUAUCAAAUUUAGGGUAAAACCUGUUAUGUAAAUAUGUCUUUUAUAUAAAAUUAUACAAAAAUGAUACAGUGCAUUUUCUUUUUAGUAGAUUUAAACUUCUAUAACUUAUUAAUAUUUUUUUUAUUUUUUUAUUUUUUUCCGAAAAAAAUCCACUUCUGCCAUAAUCUGCUAACUGUCUUCUUUAAAAAGAGACCAACCUUAGAUCUGUAUUCCAAAGUGUUCAUGAAUUACAACAAUUUAAGUUUGGAUAGUGCACUUUCAUGCCUAUUUUUAAAAAAUGUGGGGUGACAGUUAAAGGGUUAAGU